GGUGGUUCGGUUAAGGUUGGAUGUAUCGCAGGGAAACCCGGAGGGGAUGGGAGGCUGGAUAGCGAGGACUGUAUGGCCUGCCGGAUCCACGUUUUAUAGCUCGCGCCCACCGGUCGAAGAGGGUCGAAGGCCAUGGCAAGCUGAUCGGGCGUCGUGUAUAAUCGGAAUUGAGAUUACUCAGUGUGCGAAACCUCCCAUAGAGUCAUGGGUCUCGACGGGUUCGGUGAGUUGUUCGUGAACGUUCUCCUGUGUGAGUCAGCGUAGAAUGCAAAGCAUAGCGUUCCGUCUCUUGCGUCAUGGAGCGCUUCUUGGGCCCGACGCUCGAGAAGAACACACCGUCGGACGGUAUUGAAAUGGCCUUCGUCCGACGGAUGCCGCGACUGGCCGUCGGGAUUUGCAUUCCAACACCGAGGGCACCAUUUCCGACAGUUCACAGAGGCCAGGACCAGAUGAAUGCGCCCUCCUUUGAAAGCUAGCUCGGUUGUCGUGAGAUAUGCUAGACGUGUGCCCCAGAGCGUACGUAGAUAUCGGUCACCAGGUGGCCUAGGAAGGCCGGGCUAGUAUAUGACGAAGCUCGACCCAUAGACGCAGGUGGUCUAGAGCAAAUUGUCUAGAUUUCAAAGAGCAGACACAAGAGGAAUGGGUUACGUCGGGAGUUCUCGGCGGGGAGCCACGGGCCCUUCGGAUAUUCAUACGGACGAACGGACAUACUCGUG